UCCGUCGUUCUUGGCUCGAUCUACUCUUUCAAUUGGCCGUAUUCUCAUCAAUUGACGACGAUCUCAAAUCGCGCAGAACAACCGAACAAAGAAGAUCACCACCGUCGAUUCUCUCCUUCAACUACUUAAUAUGGUUCCAGAGUAUCAUCACCACCCCUACGACCCUGCUGGUCCUCAUGCUCCUCCUCAUGUCGAUGGCUUUGGUGCAAUAAGAAACAGAAAGCAGACCCAGAAAACGACAGUUGAUUACACUACCUCUGUCGUGCGAUACACACAGACUCGAAAGCGGCAGCGUGAUGCAAGGGAUACAACAGUGUUGCAACCUACACCAGCAGCAUCAAUCAAUUCGUUGCCGCCGGUUGCGUAUUCAGAUAACCCAUCUAGGAGCUUUGCUGCAAAGUUUGUGCAUGCUUGUACAAAUUACAGAGCCCGUGCUUCUCCGAUUAAUCGGGUUUUGUGGACACCUUCCGGGAGGCGUCUCAUUACAGGGUCGCAAAAUGGGGAGUUCACUCUUUGGGAUGGUCAGUCAUUUAACUAUGAAUUGAGUUUUCUGGCUCAUGAUCAAGCAGUCAGGUCUAUGGCGUGGAGUUAUGAUGGUGAGAAUUGGAUUUCUGGUGAUGAUGGGGGAUCAAUAAAGUAUUGGACGAGUAACAUGAACAAUGUGCUAGUCAAUGAAUCUGCUCACCGAGAAUCGGUUCGGGACUUGAGCUUUUGUAGGACUAAUUUGAAGUUCUGUUCAUGUUCGGAUGAUACUUAUGUGAAAAUCUGGGAUUAUGAACGGUGCCAAGAAGUGCACAGAUUGACUGGCCAUGGUUGGAAUGUGAAGAGUGUUGACUGGCACCCUACAAAGUCUCUAAUAGCUUCAGGUGGGAAAGACAGUGUUGUCAAACUGUGGGAUGCUAGGACAGGGAGAGAGCUCUGUUCAUUUCAUGAUCACAAAAAUUGGGUGCAUUCUGUUAAGUGGAACCGAAAUGGUAACUGUCUGCUGACUGCUUCUAAGGACCAAGUCAUUAAGCUUUACGACAUGAGGGCUAUGAAGGAGCUUGAAUCAUUCCGCGGGCAUCGGAAUGAAGUGACUGCUCUAGCUUGGCAUCCUUUUCAUGAAGAAUAUUUUGUCAGUGGGAGUAGUGAUGGAUCCAUUUUCCAUUGGCUUGUUGGGCAUGAAACUCCCCAGGUUGAAGUUCCUAAUGCACACAGUAACAAUCACAAUAACAGUGUGUGGGAUCUCCAAUGGCAUCCAAUUGGUCAUAUGCUUUGCAGUGGUAGCAAUGAUCGCACAACAAAGUUUUGGUGCAGAAAUAGGCCAGGAGAUAAAUGUAACAUCAGUCAGAAUCAAAGUAUUGGUGAUCGAAGUUCUGCUUUUGCUGGUCACAUGACUGGUAAUUUUCCAUUUCCAUUACAUGAAGGACAACCAACAAUUGCUACUGGAAACCAAGGAACCAAUAUUAUUCCAGGUGUUGGAUUUGCAAUUUAAACAAACCAAAAAAAUUUUCAGACCAAAAAAAAACAAACUGUUGAAGAACAAACAUAAAUUGACACAGAGAGAGAGAGAGUUUAGAGGCAGAGAUUUGAUGUUGUAAUGUGUGUAUUAUUCUCCUCACA